UGGAAGGGGCGGGCUUUAGUGUCUCUGCCGCGAUCAUUGGGCGUUUCUGACCAAGCGCAGGCGUGAAAGGAGCGAAGGGUCUAUGGCUGCUUCAGGCUCACCUUCGGGGCCGGGAGAAGAACCGAGGCGGCGAUGAUCCCAACCCCGCGGCACCAGCACGUGGGUCCAGAGGGUCCCUUCAGCGCUGUUUAUGAGCCCGCCGAAGACACUUACUUGCUGCUCGACGCCCUCGAGCGGGAUGCCGAAGCUCUGAGAAACGCCGGCAUUGAUAUAUGCCUUGAAGUAGGAUCUGGAUCUGGAGUAGUUUCAACUUUUUUAGCUUCAAUUGUUGGAUCCAAAGCAGUUUAUAUGUGUACUGAUAUCAACCCUGUGGCUGGUCUAUGCACAGUAGAGACAGCUAGAGAAAAUAGUGUUCACAUUCAGCCAGUAAUUACUGACCUGGUAACAGGAUUGUCGCCACGAUUACAUGGAAAAGUUGAUUUGCUGUUAUUUAACCCACCUUAUGUGGUAACCCCUUCUGCUGAGAUACAAACUCAUGGAAUAGAGGCAGCCUGGGCUGGAGGUAAAAAUGGCAGAGAGGUUAUGGAUAGACUCUUUCCACUUGUGUCAGACCUACUAUCGGCGAGAGGAUUGUUUUAUUUAGUUACAAUUAAAGAAAAUAAUCCAGAUGAAAUUAUUAAAAUAUUGCAGGAAUGUGGUUUAAAUGGCAGUAAAGUAAUUUCCAGACAAGCAGGGAGGGAGUAUCUCUCAGUUCUGAAAUUCUACAAAUCCUGAAACUGGCUUCUAGAGGAAUCUUCAUAUAGCAGACUCUUCGCUUUAAAAUGCUAUCUUGGAUUAAUUUGUUACAUUUAAUUAAGAUUAAAUUCUAGCUGUUGUCAACAAGUACACAUUAGCAUAUUACCUUAAUUCAAAAAUAUGCAUAAUAUUUCCAUGUGUAAAAUCAAAAUUUUGACAAUAAAUUUAUAAAUGUGGAAAGUAAAAUACUGCAUAAACAUUGUUACAAUCCUAUCAUACAGGAGAAAAAAUGUGGCUGCUGUCCUAAAUUGCUUCUUUUUUCAUCUGAAUGAUAAAUUUAGCAUGGAGUUAA